AUGAAACAUACAUUAAAGAUAUUUUAAAAUCAAUUGAUAUGGGAUUAUUAUUGGGAGCACCUAUUUUCGAUGAAAAUGAUGAAAAUAUUUUAUCAAAUAUGGGUAUAGAUUUAAUGAAAUAUUUCAAUAAAUAUAUUUAUGUAUCGGCUGACAUUGAAUAUAAUAAUUCUAAAAUCGAGGCAACAUCUCUUGGGCAAGAAUUAUUGAAUGUACCUGAAAAUUGCAAAGAAAUUUCGACGUGUGAAAAACCAGAAUUAAGCUAUUUUAAUGAUAAAUUUUUUAAACCUUGCAUUCCAGUUAAAUUAAUAGGAUGUAUAGACCAUUGGCCAGCAAAAACAAAAUGGACAAAUUUAGAUUAUUUUAUAAAAAUAGCUGGCGAACGAACAAUACCUGUUGAAAUCGGAGCACAUUAUGUCCAUGAAAAUUGGACACAAAAAUUAAUGACUAUGAGAGAAUUUAUAAUGAAUUACGUAUGUAAAGAAUACGAUGAAGAAUCACAACGAGGAUAUUUGGCACAACAUACUUUAUUUGAUCAGUUGCCACAACUUCGAGAUGAUAUAAUAAUUCCUGAUUAUUGUGCUUUAACCGAUGAUGACGAAACUAAUGUUGAACCAGAAAUAAAUGCAUGGUUUGGACCGAAAGGAACGUUAUCUCCAUUACAUUAUGACCCCAAACAUAAUCUUUUAACGCAGGUGAUUGGUUCAAAACAAAUUAUAUUAUUUUCACCGGAUGAUUCAUCAUAUUUAUAUCCGUACGAUGAUAAACUUUUAUUUAACACAUCACAAGUAGAUCCUAUUUCACCAAAUUUAAAAGAUUAUCCAGAAUUUGGUAAGGCAAUUAAAUGGUAUUGUGUAUUAAAACCUGGUGAAAUGUUAUAUAUUCCACCAAAAUGGUGGCAUCAUGUAGUGUCUCUUGAAAAAAGUUUUUCUGUUAGUUUUUGGUGGAGAUAA